AUGCACCUGAGUCAACAGGUUAUACAGGGAGUUGUGGUGCUGAUUGGUGUGACUGACCCAGACUGCCAAGGAGAAAUUGGACUGGUGCUCCGCAGUGGAGGGCCCCUCCUCCUGCUGCUGGCAUCCACCCUGGUCCUGAGCCAGAAUGAGGCCUCCCAUAGCACUUGUGUUCCGGGGGACAAAUGUCACCUGAUUCUCCAGGAACUGUAUCAUAGUGCAACCUAUUUGUCUCAGAGCAUGCAUUUCUAUGCUUUAGACCUGUUCUUGGAGUUGACGGAGGUGUAUUCCCAUCGACCAGGCUACUUCUCACCAGCCAAAAAACGGUGCCACAUGGCUGAUAUCCUCACUCCAGCUGAGCGGGAGGAGGCCAGGCUGAUGCAGCUUGACCUUGAAGUCUCAGAGGAAAAGGACUUUGCUUUGAGGUCAGAGAUGGAAUCACUGACGUCAUCUGAUGAAAAACGUCAGCUGUUUGCUCUUUAUAACUUGCUUCGCUGCUUUGUUAUCGAUGCAGAAAAGAUUAACUUUCUUCUCUCGUUCCUGAAGUGCCAAGCUGCCAACAAUGGCAGCUGCUAA